AUGGGCAAAAUCACGUACGAGGAAGUUUCGAAGCACAACCAUGCUAAGGACUGUUGGGUGAUCUUGUAUGGAAAGGUAUAUGAUCUUACCGGAUUUUUGCCUGAGCACCCUGGCGGUUCUGGCGUGAUUGUCAAGCAAGCCGGCAAGGAUGCUACGAAGCUGUUUGACACGAUUCACCCGAAGGGCACGAUUGAGAACAGCCUGUCACCCGAACAUUGUAAAGGUGACUUUGACAGCAGCACACUGCCUGUCGAGUACAAGAAGGCGGAGGAGGAGGAGGAACGCAAGCGGAAAGAACGUCUUGCCAUGCUUCCGCCCAUGUCGAAGUGCUUGAACUUGGGGGACUUGGAGCUUGUGGCUUCCAAGGUGCUUUCUCCGGAGGCCUGGGCCUACUACUCUUCUGCAGCUGACGAUUUGGAGACAUACCAUGAGAACAGGGCCGUGUUUCGACGAAUUUGGCUCCGUCCACGUAUCCUGCGAAACGUUCGCUACGUGGAUCCGAGCACGAAGAUCCUGGGCAUCCCGUCGGCGCUUCCAUUCUACAUCACGGCGACGGCCUUGGGUCGCAUGGGACACCCAGACGGUGAGCUCAACUUGACGCGGGCUGCUGCCAAGACGGGCCUGAUCCAGAUGAUUCCCACGCUGUCGUCCGUCUCGUUCGACGAGAUCAUUGACGCGCGAAACCAAGAAGGUGGGCCGGCGCAGUUCUUUCAGCUGUAUGUGAGCACGGACCGGAAUGUGGUGGCAAACAUGCUGCGCCGUGCCGAGGAGACGAACGUGAAGGCUAUCUUUGUCACGGUGGAUGCUCCGCAGCUGGGACGUCGUGAGCAGGAUAUGCGGAUGCACUUUGUGGACGAAGGAUCCAACGUGCAGGGCGGCCAUGUCGAGAAGCGUGAUGAAGGAGCGGCUCGUGCGAUCACGUCGUUCAUUGACCCGAGCUUUGACUGGGAUGAUGUCUUGUGGAUGAAGCGCCAGACGCGUCUUCCGAUCCUGCUGAAGGGUGUCCAGACGUGGGAAGAUGCCGUGCAGGCCUACGAGAUGGGUCUGGCCGGCGUUGUGCUGUCGAACCACGGCGGCCGACAGCUUGACUUUGCUCGCUCGGGUGUCGAGGUAUUGGAGGAGGUGAUGCGUGAGCUGCGCAAGCGUGGCUCGUUCCCGAACCCGGCGUUCCAGGUGAUGGUGGAUGGUGGCUUCCGUCGGGGCACGGACAUUCUGAAGGCCCUUGCGAUGGGUGCGACGGCCGUGGGCAUUGGCCGUCCGUUCCUGUACGCGUACUCUGCUUAUGGUGUGGACGGCGUUAUCCACGCGAUCAACUUGCUGCGUGAUGAGCUGGAGAUGAACAUGCGGCUCAUUGGCGCGAGAUCCAUCGAAGAACUUGUGCCGAGCAUGGUGGACUUGUCCGCCUUGCACAACCACACGGGCGCGGUUUUCCCGAAGCAGGACCAGUCGGUCUUGGACUUUAUGGAGAAGAGUCGACUGUAG